AUGCGUAUGACUCCCAACGACGAGGCAGUGUUCGACAGCACCCGAAAUGCGCGUGACUUCAGCCGCAUAUCGACACUCCAAUCCUUCCAUCCGCUCAGAAAGGCACUCGAUGACGAUGCAGAGGUCGACGACUCGCUCUGCAUCCCGGUAGGCACCUCGGGGAGCUUGCCGGAGGCGGCUCAUAGUGGUGGUCGGUGCGCUGUACUUGUGCCACUUGGUAUUGGUGAAGACUUGUUCUGGCAAGGUGUUUCGUUGGUGGUAGUUUUGAAGCGACUGAAGGAGCAGUGUGUUCACGACCUGCGGGGGCAAGGCUUCGACUUGAGCUUGAAGUUGUUCCAGGGCCUUCUCCCUCCCUGCUUUCGGAGCUCUUCAGCAUAA